UGUUCUACUGUUUUCUCCGUUCAUGUGUGCACCCUUUGCUUCUUUCUGCCAGCGCUAGAAGUGCUUCUACAUGGUGUGAUGAAUAUACAUGCAUAUACAUAGAGAGAGAGAGAGAGGAGAAGAUGGGUUGAGGGUGACCGAGAAGAGGAGGUAGCUGGAGGGGAUUUCAUCAAUCACCAGCUGCUUCUCGGAGUCCACUCCAUGUCUGCUUGGUGGUAAUAGUUCCCCUGCUUAAGCAAAGAUGUUAGAGAUUAUCCUGGUAUCCACCUCUCCAUUUUGCUAGAUAGACUAAAGUACAUCGGAAUCAGAAUUAGAACCACCAGAUUUCACUUCAGCUUUGGUAUCCCUGUGAAGUGGGAUCGAUGGCAAACUUCUCACAUGUUGAACCAAUACACCUGUACUCAUGGUGGGGCAGUCAUAUCAGUCCAAAUAAUUCCAAAUGGAUUCAGGAGAACCUUAAAGGAUUGUGCUCUUUCCUUCUCACCAAACUAAUGGGUAUGAACGACAAGGUCAAAGCAAUGAUCAAGCUCAUAGAAGAAGAUGGUGAUUCCUUUGCACGGAGAGCAGAGAUGUACUACAAGAAGCGCCCUGAGCUUAUGAAUUUGGUGGAGGAGCUCUAUUGGGGGUAUCGUGCUUUAGCAGAAAGAUAUGAACACUCGACUAGAGCACUCCGCCAUGCUCAUCAAACAAUGGCAGAGGCAUUCCCGAACCAAAUCCUGUCAUCGAUUCCAGAUGAGUCACCUUAUGGCUUAUCUGGCAAUGAGGUUAAGCCACACAGUCCUGAAAUGCUUUUACCAGUUCGUUCACUAAUUCAAUCUGAUCAAUUUGACUCGGAUGCAAAAGGAAGUCAUAGGUCACACUCUGAAGAGAGUGAUCAAUUUUCCAGCAAAAAAGGUUUGAAACAAUACAAUGAAAUGCUUGCGACUGGUAAGGGGGAGGAAGCACAUGCAAAUUCAUCUGAAAGGAAGGUAAAAGGUGUAAAACCUUUGGAGGAAGAAUCUAAGUGUGCUAAUAAUGCUGAAAAUGAAGUUCAAAGCUUGAAGGGAACCCUAUCUAAAUUAAACUCUGAGAAAGAUGCAGCUCUUCUUCAAUACCAGGUUUCUCUUGAAAGAAUAUCUAGUCUGGAACUUCUGCUUUCAAACACACAACAUGAUUUGCAAAAAAACAGUGAUGGCUUGGUAAAGGAAGCCAAGAAACUCAAACAUGCUGAAGAGCUUAAUCGAUCUCUACAAUUGGGUUUGGACACACUAGAGAAUAAAGCAAAAUUGCAAGAACAUGAAAUUAACCAGAAGCAGGAGGAGUUGGAGAAACUCCAAACUACCUUACAAGACAAGUACCAGCAAUUCUUGGAAGCUGAAAUGGCUCUUGUUUCAAGUGAAAAGAAGUACAUCAAAACUCAGGAAGAGGCAAAGCUUUUAGGUCAGGAGUUUCAGAAAGGGAUUGAGAAAUUGAGAAACAUGGAACAACGUAAUAUGGGUUUAGAGGAACAAAUAUGCAAGCUUAAGGACGAAAUUAACAGUUUAAAUGAACAAAAUCUUCAUUCUACAUUGAUGAUAAAUGGUCUUCAAGAUGAUAUACUUUUGUUGAAGGAAAAGAAAAAAGAACUUGGGGAUGAAAUUAGGCUUCUCUUAGGAGAAAAUAAAGUUAUUAGCCAAGAACUUUAUUAUCUGAAAGAAGAAAAAAAUGAUUUCGAAUGGAGGUAUGAAGAUCUAAUGGAAAAAAUGCAGGCUGUCAUCAUAUUUUCAGAAUCCCUUAAGGCAGCCAUCAAGGAUUUGCAAAAUGGAAAUUGUGAACUGAAAGAAGUCUGCAAGAAAUAUGAGGCUGAGAGGGAGCUUCUUGUGGAGAAUCUGAAAGAUAUGGACAAAGUCUCUGAGAAAAAUAUUGUCUUAGAAAGGUUUCUCUCAGAUGCAAAUGUUGAGUUAGAAGCUUUAAGAGAGAAGGUUGUAGCACUAGAAAAAUCACAGGAGUCUCUAAAAGGUGAAAUUUCCAUAUAUGUUAAUGAGAGGACUUCAGUUGCCUCUCAGUUCAAGAUUCUUAGCGAGAAUCUGCAGGUGCUUUCAGCAAAAAAUACCUUUUUGGAGAACUCUCUAUCUGAUGCAAGCAGGGAAGUAGAGGGUUUGCGGUCAAAAGUGAAAAAACUUGAAGAAUUGUGUCAGUUUCUUGAUGAUCAGAACUCGGGUCUUCUUGCUGAGAAGUAUGCUCUUGUAUCUCAGGUGAAAAGUGUUACCACAAAUCUGGAAAAUGUGGAACAUAGAUUUGAAGAACUUAAGGACGAGUACCUGAGCUUCUCAAGAGAAAGAGAUCUGAUGAUCAAUCAAGUCAAGGAGCUUGGAGAUAUUUUGAAAAUAGAAAAACAACAGCGUGAUACUAUUACCCAAUCAUACAAGCAUCUCCUAGGCACUUCAGAGAACCAAAUCUCUCUCCUGCAAGAGGAAAACCAACACAAAGAGAAGGAACUUCAAGCUGAACAGCAUAAUCUUAUCAGGGAACUGAUGGAAAAUUUCAUCUUGGGAAAGUGUUUAUCUGAUUUGAAAGAAAGGAAUUUGGUUCUUUCUCUUGAAGGUCAGAAGUAUCUAAAGGCUUGUAGAAAUGCAGAGACACUCGUUUCAAAACUUGAGCAGGAAAAGCUCAUCUACAUGAGAAACAUAAUGUCAUUGACAAGGCAUAGUGAGAAAUUAAGUGACAGGAUCCAUCUUCUGUAUAAAGCACUUAACUUACACAAAGAAUUUAUUUCUGUGGAAGAAAUCCAGGAUGAAGUCUGCCUAGAUAUAAUUCUCAGUGAACUUGAAAGAUUACUGAAUUCUGCUUCAGAAGCAGAGAGUAAUUAUCAACAGUCGCAACUUGAGAGAUCAGUUCUUGUUACUUUAAUGAGGAAUACAGGAUUAGAUGUGAUCAAUCUUAGAUUGCAGACAUAUUCACUUGAAAGGGAGCUUGAAAUGAAAAAUGAGGAACUAUUUGUGUUGGAACAUGAGAAACAUGAACUCCUAGAAAGGAAUGAACAAGUAAUGAGAUACAUGGAAGCAAGCAACCAAAGAGAAGAAGUAUUGAAGACUGAGAUCAAGGUCCUGCACAUGCAGUUAGCUGAUAUGCAAGAGGAUAACCGGACAGCACGAUGUGAACUCGUCAAGCUACUUGACGAAAAGAUGAGUCUGUCACAAGAAUUUUACAACUUAAGGCAGCAAUACAAUAUUUUGGGAGAGGAGCAUAAUGAAGUUCUUGUGGAGGCCAUGCAGCUGGAUCAUCUUUAUUCAUUCUUCAAGAGUCUUCAUGCUGAGAGAAUCAUGGAGUUGAAGUCCCUUGGUUGUGAUCUGGAUUCUCUUCAUGUGAUUAAAAAUGAUCUUUCCAGUGAGAUUAGCAGACUAAAUGAGAAAAGGAAGGUGCUUGAAGUGGAAAAGAUGCACUUUUCAGACUCCAUUACCUAUCUGGAAGAAGAGCUGAGAAAUCACCUAUUGAUUUCAGAGUUUGAUCUGAACACUGUUACAAUAUUAUUUGAAGAAUUAGAUCUUCAAGUAGAAACAAAAAAAAAUGAAUUGAUAGAGAAAGAAAAACUACUAUCAGAAUCAAAUAAGAAGGUUAAGUCCACUCAAGAGAAGAACAUGGAAUUGAACAGACUCCUUGAGGCUCUUCAGCUAAAUAACAUUGAGACCAAACUAACUCAGAAAGAGAUGCAGAAAAAGGUUUCAAAUUUAUCUCAAGUUGUAACUGCUAACUAUGAGGAGAUUAGAUUUCUUGGUGAAGAAAAUAAGAUAAAGCAGAGGGACAUUGAUGAAAUGCAUAGAAGUGUUGAAGUUCUUGUAUCCAGGGAGGAGCAGCUGACCUCAGAGCUUCAGAAAAGAAAAAGUGAGAUUGUGCAAUGUGAAGGGGAAUUAACAGCAAAGUUGAACGAUAUCCAUUUUUUAACAGUUUAUGCAGCACUGCAGGAUGAGAAGGUUCAUGAGCAAAUAGUAGAAGGCGAGAUCAGUGCUAUGGUGCGAAAAGAGAUACUAGCUGCUGAACUCUCUUUAAGCAAGAAAUUAAUGGAAGAGCUCAAGAAUAAGCUUCAUGACCUGGAGGGAGAAAAUAGAGGACUGAAGGCUAACUUAGAUAUUUACUUGUUCAUGCUAAAAUCUCUAUGGGAUGGUGUUGCCUCCAUUGAAGAGCAAAUCAUGUCAAUUUCAAAGCUUCAACUAUUGAUCAAGCAUGCAAAAGAGGAUAUGUCCUUGAUGUCUCACCAGUAUUGUGAUAGCAAUCAACCAAAUGAAAAACCUAUGGGCACAAAAGCAGCUGGAGUUCUGCUGAUGGAGAAGUUGAUCGAUAAAGUCAUAGUUCUUCAAAAGGUGAUCAUAGAUAUCACAAAUCUUCUAGAGCACGAAAGGCUCGACUCUGGUGCUAGUUCAGAGGCAGCAAGGAAAGAAGUUGAAAUAUUAAAGACAAAGGCACUUCCGGUGCUAAUCCAUGAUGCACAGAGCAUCGAUAAGUUAGAUCUACACCAAAGAUCUUUGGAAUCCAAACAGGAAUGGAACAAGAGAGUCCUCAGAAGACUUGAUUCUGAUGCACAAAGACUAUCAGACCUUAAAAGAAGCAUAGGGGAGUUGAACAAGAGGAUGAGCUCUCAAAAGGAAAAGCUCCCUGCAAGUUAUGGGCACGAUAUUAUCAAAGAACAGUUGAAGGAGACCGAAGGAUCCAUGUUGGAGCUGAUCGAUGCCAAUUCCAGAUUGAAAAUGAUGGCCAAAGACUGCUCUUCUCAUGAUGAUAGAACAAUUGGACCUGAAGAUAAAUGCGACGCUGAAAGAAGGCAAAUUUCAGAACAGGUAAAGUUGCGAUCAGAGAAGGUUGGAAGGUUGGAGCUUAAACUGCAGAGGAACCAACAUGUCUUGAUGAGAAUUGAGGAAGAAGUGCAUGAGAACAGGCAAGGUAAAACUGCAAGAAGAAAUAGAGUAGCUUUGAGGGACUAUCUCUAUGGGAGGAGAGACAACUACAUGCAUAGAAAUGUAAGUCUCUUGUGUGGCUGUAUUAGGAUUUCUGGUAGUUAAUCUUAAUAACAACAAUAAUAAUAAUAGUGAGCAUACAAAACUUGAAAUAUGCUUUCUUUUAUAAAAUCUCAUACAAAUUGUGUGGAAUUUAUACUCACUACAUCAGUGAGCUAUAUAAAGAUCUCAAUUUGUCUUC